AAGAGCCAACCCAAUAUGCGUUCUCUCAUUUAACUAUAACAGUUCUCAUUGAUAUCAUCGUUCUCGUAUUAUUAUUGAAUAUAUUUAAAUAUAAAAAAAAAUAUUUCAUCAUGAAUAAUUUAAUAAUUUGUCUCGUGGUCGCAUUUUCCAUCGUUCAGAUCAGCAACGUCCAAGCAGAGUCCUUGGAAGUUUUGAAAGCACGCCUUAAAAAGGCAAAAGGAGAUGUCAAUAUAAUAAUCAAUGAUCUUACACGAUCGAAAAGAAAUCUCGAAUUUGAUUUAAACAUGAAACUAUCCAACAAUAAGAUCAACUCAAUGCAAUCCAUAAAUGAUAUGACGAAUCCGGCAAUGAAUGAGAUUCGCAAUGCCGUGAAAGCUGCCAAGGAAGCUGGCAAAAAUGCCGAGCAUUGUUUAGAAUCUGGUAGGCUUGCACUUAGAGAUAUCAGUCAGAGUUCAUUUGUGUCAUUGGAUGCAUGUUUAAUUAAUGCCAAACAAGGUAUUGUACCAGCCCAAAAUAACAUGGACGCUACCAUUGGUGUUGCCAGGAAACUUCUAGUAACGUUGGACAGUAUAUUUAUUAACUGUUACUCGAGCAAUAUAUAUCAAAUGCAAGGCUGUAUCGCUCUUGCCUUGGGCAAUGCUAACGGUACCAUCAGAAAUCUCAAAACCACUGCUGACAACGUGAAAAGUAGUGGCAACGUAGCAGCCAGCAAUUCCAACAUCAAAGGAAACACUUGCUUUUCCGAAGUUGUUACCUCGACCCGUCCGAAGGUUCCUGUUGCAUUAAAUGCCGCGAAGGCGUGCAUAAAUAACGCAUAAAAAACACAAAAGAAAAAAAUCAAAACAAAUAACUUCGUUAGAUGGAUUCUAAAAUGUUCGAACAUUCGAUCGAAGUGGCACAAACGAUAACGUCGACGAGCGACAUUAAGAAAAAAAAGAAAAGAGAAAAGAAAAAAAAAUAUAUAUAUAUAUAUAUACAUAUACAUAUAAUUUAGUCUCAAAAAAAAUAUUUAGAUAUUUAUUAGAUCGUUUGCACACGAAACGUCCAAUUUUCAUAAUCAAUUAUGUAUACAUGUAUAUAUUACUUUUUUUAUUAUUAUGUAAUAUAUGAUAUUUAAUAUGUAAGAUUCUGUAUUGAAAAUAUGAUAUUUUUAUUUUAAUGAUAUAAUAGAAUAUUUUAUUUAUACAUACAUAUAUAUAUAUAUAUACAUAUAUAUAAUGUGUGUAUAUACGAAAUAAUGGCAUCUAGCAGUCGCCAUCUAGUGGUCGAACGGUGAACUAGAAAGCCCGUCUUACACGAGGUUGCCUAUAUUUAGGCGCCUCAUAUCCGUACAUGCCAUUCGAUUUGUAUAAUACGAUAUAAAAAUAUAUUUUUCCUUUUGCACUUCUUUCA